UAUCAUUUUUCUUGUCACUCAUAUAAUUAUUCACUGUGAUCAUCGAUCUCUCCUUAUAUCAUCUCUCUUCUCUACUAGCUAUCCAUUAUUUCAGACAAAACCAAGUUUGGAUUAGUCCUUUUCAUUAAAAACUCACCAAAACUCUUCUCUCAUCUUGCUUCAGUAUAUUAGUAUAUACAUACAUAUUAAGCCUUACUCUAUUUUUUUUCUUUCUCUCCAGUGAAAUUGAUCAGUUUAUAACUGUAAAACUAUAUAAUAUUGUACUAAUUAACUGAUUAAUAAUCAUCGUUAUAGUAUUAUCCAAAAAUUGAGUAAAGAAAAAUGGGAGUCGAAGGUACUCUGGAAUACUUGUCCGAUCUACUAAGCAGUGUGAAGAGCAAGAAGAAGAAGAAGCAAACACAAACUGUAGCCCUAAAAAUAAGGAUGGACUGCGAGGGUUGUGCCCGCAAGGUGAAGAGCGUUCUCUCCGGCGUCAAAGGAGCUAAAUCAGUGGAUGUGGACUUGAAACAGCAAAAGGCGACCGUGACUGGUUACGUGGAUCCGAAGAAAGUGUUGAAGGCAGCUCAGUCGACGAAGAAGAAGGUUGAGCUGUGGCCGUAUGUUCCGUACACUAUGGUGGCCAAUCCUUACGUGUCUCAGGCGUACGACAAGAAGGCCCCGCCCAACAUGGUCAGGCGCGUCCCCAAUACCGCCACCAUCUCUGAGACCACCGUCGACGACUCCUACACCAUCAUGUUCAGUGAUGAAAACCCUAAUUCCUGCUCCAUCAUGUAGAAAUUGAAUAUCAAUAUAAUAUGUAUGUUAUGAUUAUAUAUUGAGUACGCACGUGCAAUAUAUAAUUUGUAACAAUCAAUCAAAUAUAUAUUAGUUAAAUAAAAAAAUCUGUUCAUGAUGAUCAUCAUCAAAAUUCCCUGUAUAUAUAA